UCAAAAUAUCAUGUAUUUAUUUAUAUACAUAUAUUAAUAUUAAUGUACUCAAUUUACGUCCUUUAAAUAAUCGAUUUCAUUACCCAUUUUUCUCUGAUCACAUUUUUGCUACUCCAGCUUUUAUGGGGAAGCAAGUUUUUUUUGUUGUGAAAGGCAGGGUUUUGAAAAGUUUAAAGCAUCAUUUUAUUACUGUUAUUAUUGUUAGCCUGAAAUUUAUUUAUUUGCAUUUGUAAUUAGAACUGAACUUGGGUUAUGGGUGCAUUUUUCUUUUUUUUGUUAUUAUUUAUAUAUUUUUAUGAUUUUUUUUAUCCCAAGGGAUUUGACUGUUCAUACUUCAUUCUCACUCUUGUGUUUAUUAUUUCACGCAGAAGUGACUGCUUCAAAAUGAUGGAGAGUUGUAAUGGUUAUAAUGAAAUGGUAGUUGGAAGCAAAGACUUGAUUGAUUUAGUUUUCUCUUGGUCCAUCGCAGAUGUUAUCAAUGGUGAUCUCUAUAAAGAACAGGUGAAGACGAUUCCCUAUAUCUUCUCAUCAACAACUGAAUACUUGAGCUCAUUCAUCACCCCUCUGAUAGAGGAAACACAUGCUGAAUUGCUUAAAAGCUUCAAAGAAUUGUCUGAUGCACCUUACUCUGAAAUAAAAUCUUUGAAGCGGUCUAAGGAUUUUAAGCCUCCUAAAGAUUUGCUGUACAAAAUUGAAGUGGAAAGAAGCAUGGAAAAUGAGAAUGAUAUGAAUGCAUUUGAGCCUGAAGUUGGAGAUCUCAUUGCCAUCACUAGUGUAAGACCUACAUGUGUUGAUGAUCUUGACCGGCCUGAAAGAUCCUAUCUCAUUGCUCAUGUGAAAAGGGUGAGGGAGAGAGAUGAUCAUUUUAAACUUUUAAUACUAUCUUCAAAGCCUGCCCUGGUUGAUGAAGAUCACAUGGAAGAGAAUGGGAAGAGGACAAAGCUUUUUGCUGUAAAGUUGAUCAAUAUGACUACAAAUGUUCGUAUAAUGACUGCCUUAAACUGCGAUCAGAAAGCAGUGAACAUGAACAUCAUUCAAAAUGUUCUGCAAGCUGGAUUUUACGAUGUAGAAAAUUGUACCAUCUGCCAAUCUGAUAGCAUUUGCAGUGCUAUGAAUCCAGAUGUAUGUGCCAGAAUGCGCAAGUCGGGUUUGGAUGAUUCACAACAAGAUGCAAUUUUAAGCUGUAUUAGAGCUACAAAGUGUUACCAUCAAAAUACUGUCAAAAUGAUAUGGGGACCUCCUGGAACAGGGAAAACAAAGACAGUUGGUUUUCUUUUAAGUUUGUUGCUUAGGGAGGAAUGCAGAACACUCACAUGUGCUCCAACAAACACUGCAGUUCUGGAGGUGACAAAUCAACUCGUAAAAAAUGUUGUAGCUUCAGCUAACGAUGAGAUGUAUGGGCUAGGAGAUAUAGUUUUGGUUGGGAAUAAGAAACGAAUGAAUAUUGAUGAUUAUGAUGAACUUUAUCGUGUUUUUCUUGAUUAUCGGGCAGACAUACUUGCUGCGUGUUUUGAUCCAAAUUUCGGGUGGAGAGAUACUUUACAUGACAUGAUUAGUUUGCUUAAGGAACCUGACAAACAGUACAGAUUAUACUUGAGAAAGAUGAAAGGGGAAGACAAAGACAUCAUGAAGAAUGAUAAUAGUAAUUUGAUUAAAGAAUGUGUGAAUUUGGGAAAUAAAGAUUUUGAAAGAAAUACAGAAAAAGAUGAUAGUGAUAAAUCUGUUGAAGUCAAAAAAGGCAAUAAAGAUAUGAAGCAGUUCAUUUUGAGGUUCUUGAAAGAAAACAAGACCGAUAAAAGACCGAACACUAUGCUACAUCUACUGAGAGAAAAAGAAUCAAAGCAAGAGGGACAUAAUAGGAAUGAUGUUCCAGCAAAGAAGAAAGGAAGAGAAGGGGAAAAAGUACAUGAUAUUCCUAUGACUUUUGGGGAGUUUGUAAAGAAGAGGUUUGAUAUUGUUAGACAAUGGAUGUGCUUUCUUAUUGAGAUUUUGCGUACACACCUGCCUACAUCUGUUAUUUCACCAGAAGUGGCAAAGAAUAUGCUUGAAGCUGAGAAAUCUCUAAAAAAAUUUCAACAAGUUUUGCAUGGUGUUUCCAACGAAGAUUUAAAGGAAGCCUUCAGUAGAGGCAGUCAAUUUACAAACCUCAAUCGUGAAAAGGUUAAUAGCCUUUUUAUUCUAGAAUCACUGCCUACCAAGUUUUGCUUUCCAUAUACUCGUGAUAAAAGGGUAAUAAGAGAAUACUGCUUGAAAAAGGCAUGCCUCAUUUUCUGUACUGCUUCGGGCUCUGCUAAAUUGAACAUCAUUGAUAUGAAACCUUUGGAACUAUUGGUUAUAGAUGAAGCUGCUCAACUUAAAGAAUGUGAAUCAACUAUUCCUUUACAACUUCAUGGGUUCCGUCAUGCUAUACUAGUAGGAGAUGAGCAGCAACUACCUGCAAUGGUUACAAGCCAGAUUUCUGAAGAAGCUGAUUUUGGAAGAAGUUUGUUCGAGAGGUUGGCGUACCUGGGACACAAGAAAAACCUUCUUAAUGUUCAGUACAGGAUGCAUCCAUCCAUAAGCCUAUUUCCAAAUAAGGAGUUCUAUAACAAUCAGAUUUUGAAUGGACAGAAUGUUAAAGAUAGAAGCUAUAAUAAGAGUUUCCUACGAGGAAAAAUGUAUGGCUCAUAUUCUUUCAUAAAUGUGUCACAUGGAAAGGAGGAAUUUGAUGACAAGCGUAGUCGAAAAAACAUAGUUGAGGUUGCUGUAAUCUUGGAGAUGGUCGAAAGCCUUCAUAAACAAAUUAUUUUGACAAAGAAGAAGGUCAGAGUAGGUGUGAUAACACCCUACAAGGCACAAGUUCAUGCACUUACUGAGAAAAUGAGAAAGUAUACUUCAGAUCCCCACAAUGCCUUCUUUGUAAGUGUCCGCACAGUUGAUGGAUUCCAAGGUGGGGAGGAGGAUAUUAUAAUCAUAUCUACUGUCAGGUGUAAUGGGAUUGGCUCAUUAAGUUUCCUAUCUAGUAGGCAAAGAGCAAAUGUGGCACUAACACGAGCAAGGUAUUGCCUUUGGAUAGUGGGGAGUGGAGAAACAUUACGUAAGAGUGGCACCUUUUGGAAAAAUUUAGUCAUUGAUGCAGAAGAACGAGGGUGUUUCCAUGAUGCUUGGGAGGACAUGAACAUGGCACGUGCUAUUACAGUUGCACUGAUUGGUCUUAACCAAAUCUCAAUGUUACUUGGUCUAGAUGCAGUUCUGUUUAAGAAAGCGAGAUGGAAGGUGUGCUUCACUUAUUUCUUCUGGCAAUCAAUGACAAGUGUUAAAAAUAAUUUGUUCUACAAGAAAGUGCUUAUUCUACUGGAGAAGCUUUCCGGUGGCUGGCGUGACAUAUACAUUGAGAGGGACCAUGCUGAAAUUUCCUCCCAAUUAUUAGAGUUCUACUUGGUUAGCAUGGAAUUAUAUCUUGUUUGGACCGUAGAUAUUGUGAAAGAUGACUCGCACUGCAUUCAGAUUUUACAGGUUUGGGAUAUUUUGCCACUAUCCAAAAUACCAGAACUGUCAAAGCAGAUAGAUUUUAUACACAGAAGUUAUUCAGCAGAUAAGUUGAAUCGGUGCAAGUACAAAUGCUACGAGGGGGAUUUGGUUGUUCCAAUGACAUGGCCAAUAAAUUCCAGUUGUGCUGAAACUAUUCCUGGGAAGUUACUUCCAAAGUCAAUGCCUUUGUUUCUAAAGGACAUGCCAGAAACAUCAUCAACCUAUGGAAGGGAGUUGGUUGCUCCAGUGGGACAGGAAGUGGACACAAGCUGUGCUGAUACUGAUCCUGGGAAAUUAUCAUCAAGAUUUGUGGCUUCAUUCAGUUCAAAGCAUGAUCUGAAAACAUCAUUACCGACUAACAGGAAUAUGGUUGUUCCAUUGAAAUGCUCAGUAGGAAGCUCAAGUUGCAAUGAAGAUGAUCUUAUGGAGUUAGAACCAGAAAUAUCAGAAACAGUUGACAGAUAUUUUGUUGUUCCAAAGAGAUGGCCAAUGGACAGAAGUUGCAGUGUAGCUGAUCCCAUUGAGUCACUGUCAAAAUUAAUGGCUUUGCUCAGUCUGAAAGAUAAUCUUCCCUGCUGUGAAAUGACAUUAAAUUGAAUUUAAAGAAGAAAAGAUAACAGUCAUUUUGUUCCCUUCAGAAUUAACCCAACAUUAGACUCAAAGGAAUUAUAGCUUAGGUAGUCAGAUUGACUUUUCCACCAUACAUUGAAGUUUUGUAUAGAUGACCAGUAUUGCUCUUUGAACAAAGUAAGUAUAUAAUGAAAUACGCGCCGAGUUAUUGGAGGCUUCUUUCCUUCUA